AAUAUAUGUUUUUUUUUUCGGUCAACUGAUAAGGAAUAUUUAAGUGGGGAAAUUGGGUCCUACGCUUAGAAUCCAGGUGAUUGUAACAGUCAGACACGCCACGUUUCCUUCCCCCAACCACCCUCUUCUUCCCCGGCGAUGGCAUGGUUUCAAUCAAAUCGGAGAGGCCCGUUACCCGCCCAAGCCCAAGCCCAAGCCCGACCGGUCCUUAACGAUGACAAACAGAUCGCGAACGACAACGAAGAUGCUGAAAGCCCGAAGCUAAGGCCCACAGAUAGCAACGACGUAACGGAAGAUCAAAAUAGAGAUCCUUUUAUGGGAGUAAAAGUCCGUAGAAAAGCUUCUUUUCAUAGAGAUUACAUUGGUGAUUACCUUGACGUGCCUUCUCGACCUUAUCUUAUGAAGAUUCUAGAAAAACAAGGUGACAAGAAAGUUCUCUUUGCAGACAAAGUUUUGAAGUUCACAAGUACAGGGAAGAUGAAGCGUCGCAUUCUUCUUAUAACUGAUUUUGCAGUUUACAUCGUAGACCCAGACAUUGAUGCACUUAAAAGGCGGAUUUCCCUGGCAGCCGUUGAAAAGCUCUGUUUGAGUGAACUAAGUGAUAAUUUCUUAGCAAUUAUUAUCCCAACUGAAUAUGAUCUACUGAUUACCAGUACUCGGAAGACGGAAAUUGUAAAUGUCUUAGUAGACGCUACCAGGAGUCAAUCAGAUUACGAACUUGAGGUGCUACUCUCUAAUAGAUUUGAGUACAAUGCUACUUCUGAACUUGUAAAAGAAAUUGACUUUGAGGAAACUGAAGGGGGUGUGAGAACAAGAAUUGUGCGAAAGUGAGUUGCACCUUUAGUGUAGCGGUCUGACAACAUGAAACUGCUAGCAUGCCUGCAGCAUCCGCCUUGCCAUUCCCAAGGAGGAAUCAGCUUGUCCAUGUGUAAAGGUUAUUAUCUUUCUAUUGAGAAUUGGACCGAUUAAAUUGAUUUUUUGAUCAUGUUCAGCUGGUUUUGUUUGCUCUUGUUUACGCCGGCCUAUUCAUUUACCUAGCUCGUUGUUUUCAUGUAAAUUUUCAAACUCUUUUUCUUUAAUUUUUUUUUUUUUUUUUUUUGUUUAAUUGCAAUUUUUUUAACAUUGCCAUUUUCCCGA